UGAAUUACUCACAAUGGGGACCUUCAACAAACAGAUCCCAGAUCCAGUUUCCAGAAACUUCAUACCUUUAUCUUUAUGGGGGCCAGAUAAAGGGAAAGCAAACACCGGAGAGCUCUUAUCGGCACCCAUCUUCCGUCGUCCGCAGUGCCCACUGUGCACGCGUGGGGAAAACAAUAAAGCCAAACAAAAAAAGCAGAAAGCCAGGCCAAGACGAGACGUCAGGUGAAACCGCGCCUGCAACUCCACUCGUUCGAAUCCACUCAAAGAGGCCCGUGGCGCUGUGCUGCCCACUCGGAUCUGCAGUCGUAGAUUCAGAAACCAGAUAACGACGAGCACCCGGCGAUCUCCACUCAGUCGAUGGGGAAGAGUCGAAAGCUUGUACACGUAGUUUGGCAUUCGCAUUCGGUUGUUGGCAUUGGCGUUGGCGGUAUCGUCGAGGUUUCGUGCUUGGUCUCUGUUGCCUGAUCAGCGUCGCGUUGCAGUUGUGUAAAGUUGUGCCAUAUUCGUUUUGACCGCGAAAUUUUCUGGGCUAAGAAAAUCUACCUUAUUGCCCCUUGUUUUCUGUGUGAGUGAGUGAGUGGCAGAAAUGGUGGAAACGGCAACCACUACGACCAUAACGCGAUCCACCACAACGGCACCGGCGGGAUCGGUGACGGUGACAGUGCCCGGCUCCUCGGCCACGCCCACAGCGGCUCAGGCAGCCGCACGGGCGCAACGCAAUGAUGAGACCACCCGGGCCAUAUUCAACCUGAAAGUGAUCUUGUUCCUAAUCCUGCUGCCACUGAUUCUGUUUGCUGUCUUCCUGAAGCAUCUGCUGGAUUAUCUCUUUGCAUUGGGACUCAAGGAGAAGGAUGUCAGCGGCAAGGUGGCACUGGUGACCGGCGGUGGCAGUGGCCUAGGACGUGAGAUCUGCCUGGAGUUGGCUCGGCGUGGAUGCAAGCUGGCUGUGGUGGAUGUCAACUCCAAGGGUUGCUAUGAGACGGUGGAACUGCUCUCCAAGAUCCCGCGAUGUGUGGCCAAGGCUUACAAGAAUGACGUCUCCUCGCCGCGGGAGCUUCAGCUGAUGGCCGCCAAGGUGGAGAAGGAACUGGGUCCCGUGGACAUACUGGUCAACAAUGCCUCCCUUAUGCCCAUGACCUCAACGCCCUCGCUAAAGAGCGAUGAAAUCGACACGAUUCUGCAGCUGAAUCUGGGCUCUUACAUAAUGACCACUAAGGAGUUUCUGCCCAAGAUGAUAACCCGCAAGUCUGGUCACCUGGUGGCAGUGAAUGCCCUGGCUGGCCUUGUUCCUUUGCCCGGAGCUGGCAUCUACACGGCCACUAAAUAUGGCAUCGAAGGAUUCAUGGAGUCACUGCGAGCUGAGCUCCGUCUGUCGGACUGCGACUAUGUGCGUACCACAGUGGCCAAUGCCUACCUGAUGCGUACCAGCGGAGAUCUGCCUCUGCUCAGCGAUGCAGGCAUAGCACAAAGCUACCCCGGGUUGUCCACUCCCUACGUGGCGGAGAAGAUUGUCAAGGGCGUGCUCCUGAACGAGCGCAUGGUGUACGUGCCAAAAAUAUUCGCACUCAGUGUGUGGCUCCUCAGACUGCUGCCCACCAAGUGGCAGGACUACAUGCUGUUGCGCUUCUACCACUUCGACGUGCGAAGUGCUCACCUGUUCUACUGGAAGUGAGGAGUGAGAACCAUACCAUACCAUCCCAAAAGCAUUUACGCGGAGAGCUCGAAGCUUUUUGGUUUCCCAUUCGCAGUUCUUAAUUCAACUGUUGCUUACGCUAGGUUUAAAUGUUUAGCUAUUUAUACGAAACCUUAACUUAAAUUAAAUAUAUCUU